AUGCAUCUAUGGCCAUCAAUGAGAAUAAGGGACUCAUUCAAGCAGGCAUACCUGAAGAAACUCGAAUGGAACCUCCAUAGAAUGAAAACCGAAAAGGAUCGGCAGCCCCAAAGCAGUAGCCAGCAAAAACUCUUGGACGAUAGUAAUAAUGGAGGAUCAGAUAUUUCUGUUGAUCCAACACCCAAUACGAAGAGCAAUCCUGGUGAGGUUGCCCUUGUGCUUUGCAGAGAGCUACUCAUGAUUCUCUCUUGCUGUUACUGUUGUUUCUGCUGUGGAGGUACCCAUCCUCUCUCCC